CCCCCAGCCCCUCACGCGGAGGGGGAAAGCCCAGCUCAUGGGGAAUGAUGAUAAUGUUUUCUUUCUUCACUUCUGAAAGUGGAGUACUGGGCAGAUACGGAACAGGAGACUAUCGCGAUCUCUUUUGCUUUUUCCAUCAAGGAAUAACUUGCACAGAAGAGUUGUCAAGCUGGAUGAAGAUCCCCCCCCACCCCCUGCCCAGCCGUCUGCAUUUUCCCUUUUUAAUUGUUGUUUGCAUUGCAUUGCAUUAUUGGUCGUAUCUACUAAUGCUGACUAAUUUAUGAGAAUAGUUUUGUGGUUGGAUCUCACUCCGGUACCAUCAAGUCUACCGGGUUACCGACUGUUAUAUCCGAGCUUUUCUAACAAUUGUUGCCGAGAGAUUAAAUACACAUUAUCGAUCAUAAAAUGAACAGCAACACGAUCGAAAAGGAGAACGACGCUAAUGAAUUUACCAGCCACGAAGAGGAGGUCAAAACGCUGUUUGUCAGCGGCUUGCCACUUGACAUCAAACCUCGAGAGCUUUAUCUCCUCUUCCGACCGUUUAAGGGAUAUGAAGGUUCCCUGAUCAAACUCACUUCUAAGCAGCCUGUUGGAUUCGUCAGCUUUGACAGCCGAUCCGAGGCUGAGGCGGCGAAGAAUGCUCUGAACGGUGUCCGGUUCGACCCAGAAAUCCCCCAGACCUUGAGGCUGGAGUUUGCUAAGGCCAACACCAAAAUGGCCAAGAACAAGUUGGUGGGCACGCCCAACCCUCCCCUGUCCCAGCAGAGUGCCGGGCCCCCGUUCAUCAGCAGAGACCCCUACGAACUCACGGUCCCUGCGCUUUACCCCGGCAGCCCUGACGUGUGGACCCCGUACCCCCUGUACCCCGGGGAGCUGUCACCUGCCCUUCCUCCCGCUUUCACCUACCCCUCUUCUCUGCACGCUCAGAUUCGCUGGAUCCCUCCCGCUGAUGCCGCCCCCCAGGGAUGGAAAUCGAGGCAGUUCUGCUGAAAUUGGGGGUCCUGAUGUGUGAUGGUGGCAGCAGCUGGUCUUGAUGGUGUUGAUCCGAAGUCAAACUGGGAGGAUAUCUGACCCAGUUGACAAUACUGUUGGUAAGUUUGCACGUUUGCCAUUUUGUUUUUUGUUUCCGGUAGAAAGCUACGAUUUUUAGUCUGAUUAGUCUGUCGCUACUGGAUCUGAGUCAACCAUGGAUGUGAGUCACGCAUGCGUCAGCAUCGAAAGCCGAAUUCAAAAACAAACUAAAAAAUUAAGUUAAAAAAUAAACUGAAAACUAAGAGCAAGCCAAGUACAAAAAGGUAUACGGUCAGUUCUUUGCCAGUGUCAGUACAGAUGAAGAUAAUCUGUCAUUUUAUGAACAUUUAUGCAAAUACAUGAGAUGGGUCUUUACUGUCUAUAAUUAAGGGCACAGGUUUGGAAGAUGGUUUAAAGUCCUUUGUUAACUGAAUAGUUUAAUACUUCAAUAGGUUAGCACAGUUGGCUCAAAUUCCCGGUUGACUCAGACCUUGUAGUGAUACUCUAUAUUAUAGUUAUUUCUGUCCACCAUACAAUACUCAUAACUGAGUUAUAUAUCCAGACGCAAGAUUCUGAAUUUUUAAAAUCAUUCUGAUGUGAUAAACAAGUUGCCGAUCCCAGGAAGGAUGUACUCGUGCCACAUUUGACCUCAUAAAGUGGGUUUUUUCAUGCCUUCGCUGAGUCAUGGCAAGAGGCAAAGGCAGGAAGCCACCAGCCGACUCGAAGCGUGCAGCCGCAGAACCUGUUACCUCGUGCCCCCGGCGUGUCGAUUAGCUGCAACGGGGCCCAGGUGCGGUUUCCAUGGUAACCUCUCUGCAUGGUUCUUGCAGGCAACGGGUCCCUCUCUGGAGUUCAGGACCUUCAAGACCUCUAUCACACAUCUCCCCCACCCCCCCUCCCCCUGAGAAUGCCUGUACCCCUGCCCCUUUUAUACAGUUACACGCUGAAAGAUUACUAUUGUUAUUAUAACUGUUGUUGUUGUUUUUAGAACUACUAUUAAAAUAUCACUCGAAGCAUAACUUUGCCAAAACGAUGCUGUACAUUUUAGGACAUUUUGAAGAGAAAAACAAAAGCAAAAGGUAUUUUUGUAUGAAAUUGAGAUUUUCGUCGUGUUGUAAUCGACCCCAUAUUUAAAUGUUUCCUACGACGGGAGUGCAGCUACUGAGUGAGUCACGUUGACGUCAGUUGAAAAAGGGAUCGGCUCGCACACACGAGACUCACGGGCAUCCUGAUCCAGCGUAAUUCAGGCACGCUUGGCUGCAGUUCCCGUACCGGAAUCCUGGAAAUGACCACCCAGGGCGUUCAAGGAAAUGCCGGGGAUCGCCUGGGAAGCCAGCAAGCAAACGGCAAGAGGUACAUUUCCAGAAGAACGCACCGCGACGACAUCGGGAACACGUGUGAGAGAUGGUACACCACCUGUACCGUUUAACGUAAUAGGACUUUCCACUGUGUUACUGGAAGAUCGAGGACUGGACCAGACAGGACUGGGUCCACAACCUCUGUCUCAACUCACAAGCCAUUUUUAAACAACUGCCCCCCGCCCCGAAGAGUAACCUGAUUUGGAAACAUCAAGUCAUCGGCAUGGUGGACCUCCUUUUGGCUGACAGGUUUAUGGAUGCCGGAAUUAACCGUCUUAUCUGCAGGUGUUUGGUUGAGGCGGUCUGUGCCUGUGGAGGUCUUGGCCGGCCCCGGUGAGCAUGUGGCUUGGUGCGGCCCUUCUGGUCAAACGGGCAUCAACAGACAAAAGUCGUGCAGUCUCUACUCAGCCAGAUAGCGCUUUAGUGGAAAUCAUUGUUUUAGCAUCACGGGGGGCAAAAUAUUCAGUUCCUUCAUGAGGCGUGCCUUUCCUGUCUCUCUGAAGUCACCGUACCUCACACAUCGGUGUGCGCAGACCUUAAAAUAACUUCCCUGUAUUUUUAGACUUGAACUCCCAAGCAAAUGUUCAUUUUAUUUGUUCCAUAAUAAAUAACGACUCAGAUCAGCUGCCAAAACAACUCCGUGGAGCUGCUCUGACUUCUCACACGGACUCGAGGACGGCGCAGCACAUACGUUUUGUGGAGUGCCAUCAAACAACUUUGCCAGAAUAAGAAAGCUAUUAUAAACUGCGUAUGAAUUAGAUCUGCCAACUUAAAACCUUUUACUACAGCUAAAAUGAUCAAGUCAGGAAAUCUGUACAUGAAGCUGUUAGAACUGAGUCCUAAUUUGUUUGGCUCUUUGGGGCUGUGACUGAAAGGUGGAUGGAUGGAUAGAACUGUGUCCUGUAAAUUAAGAGACAAUCGUUUGUCAUGUGUAUGUCCAGAUUUUUUUAAGCAGUAAACAGUUUCCAGCUACUCCAAGCAGUCAUAUUAGAGAGGUCAUGAUUGGGCCUGUAUAACAUGGGAUUUUUUUUUCUUUUAUCUAAACCAAAAUGACAAAUAAAGAUGCCAGUUGCAGUAGCUUAUAAAGGGU